AAAAUAUCAGAGAAAUACUGUUAUUGGGUUAAAUACCACAAUCCAUGUAGGGGUUAGGCCAACCAAACAGGCACAGGAAAGUGUGCAAUUUUUCAGGCUCUCUACAACAGGCAAGAUACUACAGAAAGGAGAUGAAGGGACAGGGAGAGAAAAGUGGGGCUUGAUUUUAAAGGGCAAUAUUUUGCACCAAUUACAAGGGCAAAAAGCUACAUCCUCUCUAUUAGUCUGGCACUCUAGUCAUCCAGUUGCAUGGCUUAUCACUGCUUCACAGCUGCUAAGUCUUGGUGUGUAUUAACAUCCCUGGAACACUUGGACCACUAUGGCAACAAGCUACACACCUCCAUUUGAUGACCCUGGAGAGGUGAGAGAGGGCUUUUUGUGUCCGCUGUGUCUGAAGGACCUGCAGUCAUUUUAUCAGCUUCAGUCUCAUUAUGAGGAAGAACAUUCAACUGAAGACAAAGACGUCAAAGGACAACUGAAAAAUCUUGUCCAAAAAGCUAAAAAAGCAAAGAACAAACUGUUGAAACGAGAUGAUGACCGAACUGACGGGGGGCCUCAGGAGCGUUACGAAUCUUACAGCUAUGGUGGAGUGGAUCCAUAUAUGUGGGAGCCCCAAGAAUUAGGUGCCACGAGGAGUCAUCUUUCUGAGUUUAAGAAACAUAGAGCAGCCAGAAUUGAUCACUAUGUGGUGGAAGUCAAUAAAUUAAUAAUCAGGUUAGAAAAGCUUACAUCCUUUGACAGAAGCAAUACUGAUUUGGCAAAGAUAAGAGCAAUAGAGAAGUCUGUUGUGCCGUGGGUCAAUGACCAGGAUGUCCCAUUUUGUCCAGAUUGCGGGAGUAAGUUCAGCAUACGGAACAGACGUCACCACUGCCGUCUCUGUGGCUCUAUCAUGUGUAAAAAAUGUAUGGAGCUUGUCAGCCUCCCCUUUGCGAGUAAACUCACUACUGCCAGCAAAGAGGUUCUGGCCUCUCAUACUAGCCCAAACUGCUCACCCAACAGCAUCCAGGGUUCACGCCGUGGCAGCAUCAGUAGUGUAAGCAGUGUGAGCUCUGUCCUUGAUGAGAAAGAUGAUGAUCGUAUACGUUGUUGCAGACAUUGUAAAGAUACUUUACUCAAAAGAGAACAACAGAUUGAUGAGAGAGAGUACACACCAGAUAUUGUGAAACUAUAUGAGAAACUUCGACUUUAUAUGGAAAAGGUUGAUCAGAAGGCCCCGGAAUAUAUAAAGAUGGCAGAAUCCUUAAAUGCUGGGGAGACAACCUACAGCCUUGAUCAUGCGAAUAGUCUCAGAAUGGAGGUGCAGAAAAUGUACGAGUUAAUAGAUGCUUUAAGCAAGAAGAUUCUCACUCUGGGGUUGAAUGAAGAAACACAACCUCAUCCCAGAACACUACAACUUCAGAGAAUGAUCAGAUAUUCUGCUACACUUUUUGUACAGGAAAAAUUGCUUGGUCUGAUGUCAUUACCAACCCAAGAUCAGUAUGAAGAACUGAAAGAGAGAAGGAAACAAGAGCUGGAUAGAAAAUUGCAAAUGGAGAGACAGGCUACACUAGAAACACAGAGACGACUGAAUGAUAAGUCCAUGGACUAUGUUUCUAGAUCCUUGGCAGCAUCCAACGGUGAAGUAUCAUGGCCAAAACGGGCUGCAGUAAAGAAGACGGAAGGUUGGCUCCCCACUGCCAGCAUCUCUCGCCAGCAAGAACUUGCAGACCCACUUCUUCAGCAGAUUGACAAUAUAACAUCUUUCAUUGAGCAAGCCAAGGAAGCAAAUCGUCUAGACGAGGUCCAGAUGUUGCAGGAGAACCUACGGCAACUUCAGGAUGAGUAUGAUCAACAGCAAACUGACAAAGCCAUUGAGCUUUCCAAAAGGCAGGCUGAGAUGGAGGAGAUGCAGAGAGAGCAACUCCAGAUCCUCUGUGAAAAAGAAUGGGAGAGAGAGCACAAAAAAAGAAUGUCUCAGCACUUACGGACUCGUUCCUUGGACUUCAGAGAAGUGAAUUGUGAUAAGACUGAGAUAGGAAAAGAGAGCAUAAACCAAAUAGCACAGGCUUUGGAUCUGGAUACAACUCAAAACAAAAGUAACCCCAGCUCUAAAGCACCUUCCCCAAGUGGUGGUGCCAAACCACCAGCUUGUGAGAGCCCAGUCUUCCAUGGUCAACCUGCAAGAAUCCAAGAGCAUGACAGAGUAAGAGAACAAAAUAUAAUUGCCUCCCUAAACCCCUUUGAAGAGGAGGCAAUAAUUGGUAUUCCAAAGAGGGAACCCAAUAAUCCCCUUGUUGAAGCUUCCCCUACAGUGGGAACGUCCUGGCCCUUCCAAGCUGUGGACACUGCUAAGAAAGAAUACAAUCCAUUUGAAGAAGAUGAUGGUCAGCAAGCAAAUGGUGUAGCAAUCAGUGCAGCCAAUCCCUUUGAAGAUUUUGCUGGAAAUCCCUUUCAGGUCCCCAUAGGCCGUCAGGAAUCUGGCAAUCCAUUUGAAGAACCUUCCUCCUCCUCCAUGAAUCCUUUUGAAGUCGACGAGACUCACGAAGUGUCAAGAGAAGACAUCAUAGAAGAGGAAUUACUGCUCCAGCAGAUAGAUAAUAUCAAAGCAUAUAUUUUUGAUGCCAAACACAGUGGACGGUUGGAUGAGGUAGAGGUUCUUACUGAGAAUUUAAAAGAACUGAAACGCACAUUAGCAAAACAAAAAGAGAAAUCCAGCCGCUAGAGGCGGCACCAUAUCCAUGCACACCCAACUUUACAGGUCCCUAUUUUUAUGCAGGGCUGGUGGUCAAAGGAGAAGCAUGUUGCAAGAGACAGUUCUGGGGGUUGAGUCUAUCUAAUGCACUUUGGUGUAGGCACAUUUACACUAUUAUUCAAACUUUGCAGAUAAUGUCCACAUUAUUUAUAAUGAUGUAAUAUCCUAAAUCUCUUCUACAGACACUUUAACAAAUAUUUUAAACUUAGCACAAACAAUGUUUUUUGUCAUAUCACAGUUGUAUGGUCUUUUUAAAGUAACCCCCUCCCCUUGAUGUGAACAGAGGCUAAUAGGGAAAGAGAUGCAAGAAAAUGUCAGCAGUCCUUCCAUCUAUGUUUAGUUGACUUGUGGAUUCUGGCUGAAAUCCCAUUUAGUUUCCCUUUGCCAGUGAAAAGCUUAUGCUAGCAGAAGAGGAAGGCAGGCCGUUCUGUCUGCAUUGCUCCCCUUUAUAUGCUGCUCACAGUCCCCUAAAUCUUUGUAGCAGAUUUUGAGGGGAGCAGCAUGAGGAGGAAUUCUCUCUGCCUAUUCCAAGGGCAGAAGCCUUCCAGUGGAGGAAUGAGGAUCUCGCCGUCUAUGUCAAACAUGAAAUAAGAUGGUGCCUUUAGCAGGUGUGCAUAACUGACAUAUAUGUUAAUAGGAAGUGUUAAUAGUAGGUUGCUGGUAUGUACAACCUGCAUAACAAAAAGGCCAGUGACCUGAUGGUGCAAUACAAAAACUAAAGGGAUUUACGUAGAUAUGGGUAACUGUUAUGUUAUAUGAAUAAUUUUUCUUUGAGAAGACUUAAACCCCUGUAGCCUGUAUUUAGGUAAUAUGGUUUAUUUCCUCUCCCCUUCCAUCUCUUUAUCAGGUCUUAUAUAUAUAUAUAAAAAAGCUUAAACUUCAGUGGCUUGGAAUUCUGCAUCUUUUCACCCUCUUACACAACUACAAUUUCCAAAAUUACAGGGCUAAUAGAAAUGUUAUGACAGCUAUGCUGUGUUCUGGUUGCACUGGAGACAUGACCUUUCAAUUGAAGGUUUAUACUAAUAAUGGAGCUUUAUGGUGAUCAGUAGAGUCACCACCUUUUCUCAGCAAUUCAAACAUGUUUAUGAGUAAUCUGGCCUUUUUCACCAUGUUCAAAGCCACCCAUAAGCUCAAACAUAGGUUGCAGAGAAAAAUAUGACAUGUCAUAGAAAUCCUCCCCCUAGUGAUUAGACUGUUGAACAUCAGUGGGAGCCUAUGGUUGAUUUGGACAUAAGUGAACAAAUGCUGACCUGCCCUUGAUUUUUAACUAACAUUUAACUGCUUCUGUUGGGGAUUGAACUGACAAGCCAAAUAUAAUAAUAAUAAUAAUGUAAUUUGUUCCCUUUAUAAACCCAUAGUCAGUGAGUCAUCUUCAAGAGAGCAGGAAACUAAAGACUGAGUUUGCAUGCUACCAAACAGUGUUGCUGUGCAGUUUUCAUUUGUUGUUACUGCCACUCUCAUGAGGCCUGUGGAAGCUCAUGCCCUGUUGUUCUAGUGACGAAGCAUGUGUGCUGGCUGUUGAAAAACUGGAGAUGCCAUCCUCUUUUCAGCUGUGAAUGGGGAUUUUGAGGAAAAUGUAAAAGAAUAGUAGCUGUAGAGCUGUGUAAGUUUCUGUUCUCACAUUGUACUGAAUGAAUUUGAUUUCAGUUUUAUGACAUGGCUAAAAAUGAUAAAAGAAUUGAAACGGUGUAUGUGAGGAGUGUGCCAGAAGAGUAUUGUGGACUCUUCAUAGCCCAAAUUGGCUGUUGUUAAGAGCAGAAGGAUGGUUCAGUAACUGACAGCUGAUCCAGUGUCAUAACCAGAGAUCCUGCUCCAUUCAAAAACGCUGGCAUACAUGCUAACAGAAGGGGAGAAAAGAUUAAUCCAAGAAUAGUGGGACACUAAUAAUUAGUGAACUGAAGACUUGCUAAUUAAUGGAAACUGGCUGGUUGGCCUGUAAGAUCCUCAGAAAAAUGUUUACAGUUUUUGUUAAUAGGUGGUCAAUAUGGUCAAGAACUAAGGCAGCACUUUACAUAUGAGACUAUGUAUUACGUUUUAAUCUUUUGGUGGGUUUGGCAGACCUUUUUUAAAAGAAGAAAACAUUCCUGUUUUGCUCCCUUCCCCCCCCCCGCCCCAUUUGGAGGGAAAACUUGGCUUAACUACAGCCAGUUUGACGGAACAGGUCUCAGUGAAAGCUGCUACUUCUCAUUGAUAGCUUGUUUUAAUAAGUAUGCAGAGUAGCAUUCAGCCUUUCUGUGGAAACUGACCUGAGUGCAGCACUUGGGGCUACAGCAGUAAGAAGAGAUGCAUAUGGUUUUUAAAGAAAUUCUUUUUUCCUAAUCCGGAGGAACUGGCUGUUGAUUUGCAGUGUAUGUAACAAAACUUAAGAGGACUGAGAAGGAACAGGUAAUUACAGUAGGUAUCUGGCAAAAUGCAGCGAGAAAUAGAUGCACUCAGUUUUAGUGACCUUUAUAGCUAUUGAAGGACUACCUGCCAAGGAGAAGUGAUUUGUCUAAAAAAAACACCACCUAUAUUUAUUAUAGACAGGAAAACACGAAACUCCGCUGGUAUUUUUUGUAUAUUCUGGCCAAAAUAAAUGUUUCAGUGGCUUUUUAAAAGCAUUUCUAAUAUUGUUCCUUGUUACAUACAUUCUGCCUUGUUUAUAUGAAUUCCACAGUCUAAGACAUAAUUAGAGCAUUGAUGUACUUUUGCUAGUAUGUUGGUUUGUAGCUCCAUGACUGCAGGUCAAUGUGAAAUGUAACUAGCCUUCUUGAUAGGAUGAUGAUAGACCCACAUUUUGUCAGCCUUCCAUUUGUACUACUGAAUUUACACUAUGAAAGAGCAAAACCAUGCCAUUGUGAGAUUUAACAUUAAUGACAUUUGUUUAUACAUUUGCAUGCACUUCUCUAGUUUGCAAGCUUUCUGAUUAAAUAAAAUAACACAUUUGUUCUGUU